UCGUACGACGAUUACUUUCGUCGGAUCCUGAAUCUAUUUUAUACCAUGUUUGUGGUAAUACGUUCAGUCGGUUACGAGAUUGAUACCUUCAGCUUUUUGCGUAACAAUCACAAACUUUCGUAAGAUGCGGUAUCUAUUUUAUAGUUCAUCUGCGACGAAGUUUUAAAGUUUGGUAGCUUCAUUCCGCUUCUUUCCAAUCACUGUGUGCAUUGCUUUGGAAUGUACGCAUGCGCAUUCCAGAAACUCUUAAAGAAAAAAAUCGAGUAAGUCAGAACAGGCUACAGUAUGCGCUGAUAAUGUUGAACGUCUUCGAUUAAAGAAAGCAAACUUAAUCGGAGAGUAAUGUGUCGCAAGUUUAUCAUAAUGAACGGAAAAUCAGGUAUAGUGUAGACAGGAAGAUCGUGGAUUCGAACAGUCAGAUACGGUAUAGUAAUAAACAUUCCAAACAAAUAUUGGGGCAUAGUUAAAGUUGAUAUACAAAGGCAUAUAUUGCGUACAUAAUAGCCCUACAACUAAAAGGCAUACAACUCGACGCUAGACCGGUGAGUUCCAACACAAAAUAUUGCUUGGUAGUACGGCGGACACUCAAAGCCAACUAACCAUGUCUGUACAAAGUGUUGCUCUGGCAUCUCUCACGGCCACCUAUACCGACUCGGAGGGCGAAGACGGGGUGGAAGACGACCUUCAGGAGAAUUCGAACACUCCCCAGGGGACCGCCCCGCAUAAUGCCCAAGUCGGUCAGCCCCAGGCUUUCACCAGUCCCAAAUCUGGCAGAUCAGCCUCAAAUAGUCCCGUCGUUGCUCCCAGCGUCGGUGGCAAGUCUAGUAACGAUUUGUCAAAUGCGCCCACCUUAGUGACAGACGUGACGUCUAAGGUGCAGAGAUUGGUUUCGUACUUUGAUGACACAAUAGUCUCCGACGACGAGGGAGUGUUGCAGACACUGGUCGACGGACAGCCUUCUGAGAAUGGAAGGUUGUCCUCGAUUACGGAACGCUCUCCCUCUUGUCAAGGAGAAUUAGUUUCAGAUAGCGAGGUGGAUCCGUAUGGCGUGACUAUUCCACCGGAACCACUAGGCCAGUGUCCUGUGGAGUUACAGGAGAAGAUAAUGAAACUUUUUAGGAAAAUGGAGAGUGGCGGUUUGGACAUGAAUAAAGUUAUACAACAAAGAAAGGAUUUCAGAAAUCCGUCUAUUUAUGAGAAACUUAUUCAGUUUUGUAGCAUCAACGAAUUGGGCACCAAUUAUCCCGUGGAUAGAUUUGAUCCGUUCAAGUGGGGUAAAGAUUCUUAUUACGAGGAACUCGCCAAGGUUCAAAAGGCUGAAAUGGAUAAACUUGAGAAAGCUAGAAAAGAGAAAACAAAAAUUGAGAUUGUUUCCGGUACAGCCAAGCGACCCAAUAGUUCUAGUGUGACCGAAGACGAUGCCAAGAAAAGAAAAAGUAAAUGGGAUCAAGUGGCAACGGGAGCCACCGCCUCCGUAAAGCCUACCGUUUUGUUGUCACAACCGACUCUUACCACGUUAACGUCAUCUGCGACUGGCACCAAAGCGACGGUAAUAUCGGCUUUCGGAUCUUUACCAAAGAAAAGACUGUAACAUAUUUUGUAAAUCAUUUGUAAAUAUCACUUCUUUUAAAAAAAACAUUUCAUCCUUCAUUUAAAGAUUUAUCAUAAACACGGAAAUAAUAGCUCUUAGUUUUGCAUAAAUGCACGCGUACGCGCAAUAUGCGAUCACAUAUAUAUGUAUAUAUAUAUAUAUAUAUAUGACCUGUAAGUCUGUUUUGUCAGAUUUGAUUGUUGAUUUUACCGAUUGUUUAUUCGACACUCAAUUUCAUACGUGCGCGGUACGUUCUUGAUAUAAGAUUGCAUUAAUCAGUAGCGUAAUCAUUGUCGGAGCAAUGUACCUACGAUAACACACUAGAGCGUUAAUCGAUGAUUAAGUAUAUAAAAUGUUUUAAAAAAAUAAGAAACUGAUAGAAAUUAAAAAAAAAAAAUAAUGCAGUCCAUGAAAUGGAAAAGCAAGAUUGCGAUUAAAUUGUAACGCGACGCUAACUUUUACCUUUAUUUUAUAUUCUCUUUCUCUAGGCAACAUUUCACAUUUAAAAUGUACGUCUCAAACCAAUGUUCUUUUUUAUAGUACUUCCAUUUUUUGUUAAUAAUUUGAAGAAACUAGUAAAAACUAAAAAGAUGACAAGCGAUUAAAUGUUGAAGGUACAUACGUUACAUGCUCACCAAAGAAGAUCCUUGAAAAUACUUUUCUAUACCUCGAUGAAACGUUGAAAUAUUGUAAAAUACACUUAUUGUAACAUGUGCUGCCAUUGCAACAAAACUUGAAAGAUCAAUCAAAUUUUCUCUACUUGGACUAACGCGAAGAAAAUAAAACACGAUUUGUAAUCAUAAUUUCCGAGGAAUAAUGUUAAUGAUCACUAACCUCGAAUUAGGGUUUGUUUAAUUUCUUAUAAGUAUAAAUAAACAAUUCCUAGUUAUACUUUUAUACAACAAAUUUAUUUUCUUAAGAUAUUUGUUUAAUAUCCUAUAAGUGUACAUAACA